GCGAAGGGGCGGGGUUCCGCCAUCUCCGGCUACACCCCUCGCGCGCAGUUUUCCCGCCGCCCCCGAUGCUGAGCACCGGGCCUGCCGGCUGACAGUUGAGUAUGGCGGGAGCCGAGCGAGGCGGCGGUCGGCCAGCCGAACAGGAGCCAGUGGUGUCGUUGGUGGAUGUAUUAGAGGAGGAUGAAGAACUGGAGAACGAGGCCUGUGCGGUGCUGGGCGGCAGCGAUUCCGAGAAGUGCUCCUAUUCGCAGGGCUCUGUAAAAAGACAAGCAUUAUAUGCCUGCAGCACAUGCACCCCAGAAGGAGAAGAACCAGCAGGAAUUUGUUUAGCAUGCAGUUAUGAAUGCCAUGGAAGUCAUAAAUUAUUUGAGCUAUAUACAAAAAGAAAUUUUCGGUGUGAUUGUGGAAAUAGCAAGUUUAAAAAUCUGGAAUGCAAAUUACUUCCUGAAAAAGGAAAAUUAAAUUCAGGCAAUAAAUAUAAUGACAACUUUUUUGGACUGUAUUGCAUUUGCAAGAGACCUUAUCCUGAUCCUGAAGAUGAGAUUCCAGAUGAGAUGAUCCAAUGUGUAGUUUGUGAAGAUUGGUUCCAUGGAAGGCAUCUGGGUGCAAUUCCUCCUGAGAGUGGGGAUUUCCAAGAGAUGGUGUGCCAAGCUUGCAUGAAACGCUGUUCCUUUUUGUGGGCUUAUGCUGCACAGUUAGCAGUUCCUACAGUCACCAAAAUAAUAACUGCUGAAGAUGAUGGGAUCCUGAAUGUUGAUGGAACAGAAGACCAGAAAGUCAUCAAAGCUGAAAAUGGAACAAAUAAUCAUGAAAGUAUUCCUGAAGAGAGCAUCCUAGAAAAGGGAAAAAUCAUCAGGGAAGAGAAUAAAACAGAGCAAGUUGAUGAACCAUCUACCAGCUCUGGUUCUGAAUCUGAUCUACAAACAGUUUCCAUGAAUGAACAUCAGAAUACAGAAUCCCAUUCAGUCUGCAAGUUACAAGAUCUGAGGACCAAGAUGUAUGUAAAGCAAGAUACUGCCACCUAUUGGCCCCAUAACUGGCGUAACAAAUUAUGUACCUGUAGUGACUGCAUGAAAAUGUAUGCAGAUCUAGAAAUCCUAUUCCUGACAGAUGAAUAUGAUACAGUCCUGGCUUAUGAGAACAAAGGCAAAAGUGACCAGGGAACAGAUAGGAGAGACCCUUUAAUGGAUACACUUAACAGCAUGAAUAGAGUCCAGCAAGUGGAACUUAUCUGUGAAUAUAAUGAUUUAAAGACUGAACUUAAAGACUAUCUCAGGAGAUUUGCUGAUGAAGGAACGGUCGUUAAGAGAGAGGACAUUCAGCAGUUCUUUGAAGAAUUUCAGUCAAGAAAGAGAAGGCGGCUAGAUGGGAUGCAAUAUUACUGCAGCUAGAAUGGCAUAAAUGAGAUUUUUUUAUUUCAGACCAAAUGGGAAUGCUGAUGUUAGAUAAAUAAAUGAGGCACAUUUCUAACUGUUUGGUCCCCUUUUCACCAUGCUCCUUUCCAAGAGGACUUAUCCAGCCUUCUGCUGUUAGUACAUGCCAUUACUUUAGUGACCAGAAUGCAUAUUCUAAUUUCACUACCUAUGAUUCUCAUUGUGUAUUCAGUUCAAUGUAACUCUGGUUGUUGACUCCCAUGCUCCGCCCCCAGUCUCAAUUGUUUUUUAGGUUUUAGGGAGUUUGAUUUGGUUUUAAGAAAAGGUUGCCAGGAUAAUAGCCCCUUUUCUGCUGCCUAGUACUAUAAGCCAGGUAUUAACUCUGUUAAAUUUUGAUGGUUGUUUACAAAGUGCUUUGGAUUUUUUGAUAUUAUCAGGGAUACUUAUGAGCCUACAUUAAAAACUGACCUACUUUGAUAUUGUCAUAUUUUAGAAAAGCUGUUAUCAGGGUCCCAGAAAAUUAUGUUCUCUCCAAACCUAUGCUGAAGCAAAUAAUCUGUGGCAGAAUAUUCUCCUAGGAGUGACCUUUGUGACCAGGGCAGAAUGUGCCCCAUAUGGAAGGGGAUAGACUCUAUGAAAAUGGGUAGAAAAAAACAUUUUGUGCUCAUGGAUGAUUUUUUUUUUUUUUUGGGUAACAGAAAAAUUGAUACCCUAUUUCCUUUUAAUUGUGAUGGCAUCUCCUUUGGAUGCUGGUCAAGUUUCCUACAUUUGUGAAAAGUAAGCUCCAUGGAAAGCCAUGUCAGUUGGUACAGUCUCCUUGACAGUCUUUCACCCCCUUUUUUUUUUUUUUUUUUUUUUUUUUUUUUUUUUUUUGGAGCAAGAGCAUUCAUUGAAAAGUAUGUAGCCUUGAAUCGUGCCUCCCUCUAUGUGAACCACUUUUUUUGGAAAUAGAUGAUGGAUGUGCUUUAGGACACAUUGACUACAUUGGAUUUCUUAGGUCCUGCUGACAAAAUACAUAUUCACAUAGAGGCCAGCUAAGCUCAGCAGGAACUCCAUUUUGACAUGCCCACUCAUGACUAUCACCUUAGAGAUGUCAGGCUUUAGGUUUAGAAGAAAUUAAACUGCUUUUUCUAGUAGUUCUGCUGGGACAGUGGGGCUGUCUUUGAUUGGAAGAUCCUUGUGCUCUCUGAACCUCAGGAGGGCUCCUACACAGCCCUGAUAGUUAACAGUCCUGGCAAGAGUAAGGAUUUUGCUGGAGUCUUUGACACAGUCUCUUCGGAGCUAAGGCUCCUCAGGGAUCUCACUUGGAAGUUAUCAGGACUCGUUAGGAGGGCCAGCACGACUGGUGGUGGCAAGGAGGACAGACUCAGCCUGUGUACUUUUAUUUUUCAGAUAAUAGGAUCAUAGAAUUUAGGACUGGAAGGGACCUUAGAAUCCCUCUUAAAUAUAAGCCUUUUAUCUUACCAAUAAGGAAAUAAGGUCAGAGAAUUUAAGUGACCAGUCACAGGUUGUAAGGAAAUUGUAAGAUUUGAAUUUGGGUCUUCUGACUCCAAAUUCAGUACUCUUUCUACUUUUUUUUUGACAGUUUGUUUUUUUUUUAACCUAUGGGCCAAGGCUGUACUAAAAGUUUGUCUUUUUCAAUAAAUAUUUAUUCUAAAAGUACCUAAGGUGUAUGGAUUCUGUGGUAGGGGCUGGGCCUACAAAGUCUAGAUAAGCCAUAGUCCUGCCAGUUGUUAUUGACCCAGUGCCCCAAAGUAACUUACCUAGCCAGAGACAAGACCUAUUAAAUCUGAGACUGGUUGUCAACACAACAACAAAUUGCCACUAGCACCGAAGGGCUUGUUUGGGGAAAGGCACUGAUCCUUCUUUAACUUUAACCAAAAAACUUCUUUUAUACCUGUUGUUCACAACUCCUUUUCUGACUUUAUUGGGCCACUUCUCCUCUUAGAGACUAAUUUUGGUCAAGAUAGAAAUGUGCUCAGCGCAUGUUUUAUGCAAAACAGGAAGAUGAUAUUAGUUUGCUUUAAAAACAAAUUCUGGUAUUGUAUGUGCAUUUUUGUAGAAAUUGUUACUGGAAUUGUAACUACAUACUUAAUUUCAAUCAAGAUUCUGUAAAAAUUUAAAUAAAACAAAUUUAGAAAAAGA